GAAACUUGGAAGAGAGCUUAUGGAUUAUGAGAAGGAGAUGUUUCUUUAUCCGAAAACCUGUUUCGUUUGUCAUGAAAGUAACUUGGAUUUGUUGAGAAAUUGCAAGUGUGGGGUGAGCCUUUGCAAAAUCCACGAAAAUGACUUCAGACAUCAACAACUUUGCAAACAUUUGUCGCUGGCUUUUCAACUUUCGAUGAUGGAAAGCCCGCGCUAUUUGAAUGGAAUAAUGAAAGCCAAACCAGAGAAAGCCUCUCCAUGCUCAAUGGAGGAAUUCUUGGAUUCUUUUUUUCAAUUCAAGAGAAAAAGUGAGGGCUUACACAAGCUGAUACUUUCCAAUUUGCACACCAGACCAUUAACUUUUGUUUAUGCUGGGAUGAAACUGAACUUGAUUGAUUAUUUUAUGGUCAUUCAUGUGAUCGGAGCUACUGGAAUGGAAGUUGCUACCUAUGCUAACUGGAUGCCUGUCUUCUUUUUAUUAAAAAGGCUACAAAAUCUGAAGAUCGUUUUUAUUGGACCGAAGAUUUUUAGCGAAAGUUAUAGUCUUGAUAGUUUCUUUCACGAUUUUCCUAGUCGUCUUAAAAUGGAAGAAGCAACUUUAAAAGCGGAAUGUCAUGCUUUAAGAUAUGAGGAAUAUUGCAGGAGUGAUUCAUUCGUCCAACCUAACAUCAUUUUAGGAUAUAAUCUCAAUCUACAUGAAAGUGAGUUGGGAAUAUCAGACUGCACUUGGAAAGAUACAAUUUUGAUGUUCGAGGAACUGAAGGUUCCUUUUGUCUUAACGGCAGGAUCAGAGGAUAGAGCAAGAAAAGAUCACGAAAGUUUGUGCAAACUUUUAGGGAAGUCUGUUGAUUAUAUUUCCUUAGACAAAAAUCCUUUCGGCGGAUUUAUUCCCGAGAGGGACUUCGAAACGGAAGAAUUGCUUUUUUCGAAUCAGCACGUUAUUAUCUAUGAUGGAUUCUAUGAAAAUUUUGAGGGGAAAAACAGAGUUCAGAAUCUGACUUUGUCGACUGUCUCAUAAAUUGAAAUUCCGAACUCAAUUUAAAACAAAUGAUAUUAGGGUGAUUC